AUGACCCUAAAAGAUAAAAAAAUAGCCAGCACUCAAUUCCUCAACGAAAAUAUUCCCUUUUCCCAAGUUCUCUUGGUUAUCGACAAAGAGGAGAAAGAAAUUAUUGAUCGUCAAGAAGCCUUGCAAAGAGCCAAAAAUUUGGGCCUGGACCUUUUUUGCGUGGCCCCAGACAAAAAUCCUCCGGUUUGUAAAUUAAUUAAUUAUCAAAAAUAUAUCUUUGAAUUAAGUAAAAAAAAGAAAGACAAAAAGGAAAAUGUUUGUAAAGAAGUCCGGAUUUCUCUCAAUAUUGGCGAAAAAGAUUUAAAAGAUAAAUUGGAAAGAAAAAUCCGACCCGACUUGGCCCAAGAAAAAUGUCAAAAAAUAAUUGCCGAGUUAAAAACCAGAUCUCCGAAAAUUGAAUUAAAAGAUAAUAUUCGAGAUUUUGUAGAAAUUGAUGUGGACGGAAUGCGAUAUUAUAACGAGGAUUACAGUCCAAACAAAAGCAAUAUAAUUAAUGAUACUAGCAUGGUGAGAAAGUUUGGUUCAUCGGCAGUAGUGCCUAAUUCAUCCACGGGUAUGACUAUCGGAUCAACUACUAUAACCAGAGAGCAUGGUUUGGCUAUUGCUCGGGAGUUAGAUUCUUAUGUAGAACAAAGUGGAGGUAGAAAUGAAUAUACAGCCAGAAUGUAUAUUAAAUCUGAAAAUCAAUCUCGCCUCAUUACGUUAGAAAACAAUUCUAAUUCUCCCCAAAUCCAAGAAAUUGAUGGCAAAGAGAGAGAAAAAGUUGAGGAAAAUGCUUCUGCUACUUCUGAAAAACAGAAAGGAGAACAAGAAAAUAAGUCAUUCAGUCAGCAAAACAUCUCUCAAAAAACGGAUAAUAAAGAUAACAACAAAAAUGUUUAUUAUGGAGUAGGAGCAAUUUCUCUGGUUCUGCUGGCAAUAA